AUGUACAAUCGCCAAAAUGACAGAGUGUGGGCUGUGGAUCGUGCGGAAGCCGACAAGAAUGGUGGAAUCAAGCAAAAACAAAAUUUUCCAACAAAAGUUAUGGUUUGGUUGGGAGCGUGUUCGAAAGGACUCACACCUUUGGUUAUUUUUGAAACUGGCACUAUGAAUCAUCAACGAUAUAUCAAGGAAGUGCUACCAAUUGCUAAAAAAUAUGGAGAUGAACAAUUUGGAGACAAUUGGACAUACCAACAGGACAGCGCGAGACCUCAUACACACGAACUAUCACUGGAAUGGUGUUAUGAAAAUAUGCCUGGAAUAAUCGGCAAAGAUCGUUGGCCACCAAAUAGUCUCGAUUUGAGCCCCUUGGACUACAGUAUUUGGUCCGAAUUUGUACAACAAAUUAAUUGGAGUGUUGCUCGAUCAAAACAAAGUUUAAUUGAAGAAUUAAAACGUGCUGUUAAAAAAAUUAGGCCAGAAAUAAUUUUACAAAGUUGUGAAAGUUGGACGAAGCGAUUGCACCGUUUAAAAAAAAUUAACGGCGGUUAUCUUCAUUAA